AAUUUCUCCGGUUAGCGCCAUAACUAACAUGCUUAAAUCCAAAAGCCAAAUCAUUUUCAUCAACCAUGGAAAGCGUCGAUUUUCCUCCGCUUCAGCAACGACUCCAGUGAAAGAAGCUUCUAUUUCUUCGCAGUUCAAUGUGAAUAACCACUCAAAUGAACCAAAUUCCUUUACCCAAGAAUCUCAAUCUUCUUUCCUUCUCUAUUUUCACCCCAAACGAUUUAUAACUUUGCUUUUGAGUUGCAGAAAUCUCUUUCAAAUUAGGCAAGUCCAUGGCCAUAUUGCUUCCAGUGGCGCAUUUAGAAACCUCGCGAUUGCUAACAAACUUCUCUUCUUAUACGCCCAAUAUGGCGCCUUGGAGGAUGCUCAUGAACUGUUUGAUGAAAUGACUGAGAGAGACCCUUAUAGCUGGAGUGUAAUAGUUGGUGGGUAUGCCAAAGUUAAGGAUUUUUCUUCUUGUUUUUGGAUGUUUAGGGAGCUUGUUCGUUGUGGGAUGCCAUUGGAUAACUAUACAUUGCCAAUUGUUAUAAGGGCCUGCAGAGAUUUGAAGGACCUGCAAUUUGGUAGAGUUAUUCAUUGUGCCACUUCGAAAUGUGGGCUGGAUUUUGAUCAUUUUGUUUGUGCAUCUCUUGUUGAUAUGUAUGCUAGGUGUAAAGUGAUCGAGGAUGCCCGCCAACUGUUUGAUAAAAUGCCAAGGAGAGAUCUUGUGACAUGGACAGUGAUGGUUGGUGCCUUGGCUGAAUGCAGCAGUGCUGUUGAGUCAUUGACUUUGUUUGAUAGGAUGAGGGAUGAAGGUAUUGUCCCUGAUAAAGUGGCGUUGGUGACUGUUGUUUAUGCCUGCGCAAAGUUGGGCGCCAUGAAUAAGGCCAGGGCAAUUCAUGACUAUAUUAAUGGAACCAGAUAUGUUUUGGAUGUAAUUUUAGGGACAGCAAUGAUCGAUAUGUAUGCGAAAUGUGGGAGUGUUGAUUUGGCAAGGGAGAUUUUUGAUCAGAUGCAAGUGAAGAAUGUGAUUACAUGGAGUGCCAUGAUUGCAGCCUAUGGAUAUCACGGACAAGGUGGGAAAGCGCUCGAGUUAUUCCCGAUGAUGUUAAGCAGCGGAAUAUUGCCAAAUCGGAUCACUUUUGUCUCGUUGUUGUAUGCUUGUAGUCAUGCUGGUCUAAUUGAAGAGGGCCAGAGAUUUUUUGCCUCAAUGUGGGAUGAGUACGGUGUAAGACCAGAUGUAAAACACUAUACUUGCAUGGUUGAUCUCCUAGGUCGAGCCGGGAGAUUCGAUGAGGCCUUGGGAUUGAUAGAAAGCAUGACAGUAGAGAAAGAUGAAGGACUAUGGGGAGCGUUGCUGGGGGCAUGUCGGAUUCACCGACGUUUAGAUUUGGCGAAAAGGGUGGCAAACUCUCUUCUUGAGAUACAGCCGCAGAACCCAGGGCAUUAUGUAUUGCUUUCAAACAUAUAUGCAAAUGCUGGUAAGUGGGAAGAUAUGGCAAAAACAAGAGAUUUGAUGACCAAAUGUGGACUAAAGAAGAUCCCUGGAUGGACAUGGAUUGAGGUGGAUGAAAAACUCUAUCAAUUCAGUGUUGGAGAUAAAACACAUCCGAGGUCGAGCGAGAUCUAUGAGAUGCUGAAACGAGUGGGCGAGAAGCUCGAGUUGGCUGGCUAUGUCCCGGAUACAAACUAUGUGCUGCAUGAUGUUGAUGAGGAAGUAAAGCAAGGACUUCUAUAUGCACAUAGUGAAAAGUUGGCCAUUGCGUUUGGCUUAAUAGUCAUACCUGGAGACACUCCUAUAAGGAUUACAAAGAAUCUUAGAGUUUGUGGUGACUGCCAUACAUUUUGCAAGUUUGUAUCGUCGAUUGAACGGAGAACGAUCAUACUACGUGACGCCAACCGGUUUCACCACUUCAAGGAAGGGGCUUGCUCAUGCAGAGACUAUUGGUAAUUGAUUGUUUCUACCUCGUCCAAGCUGAAGGUUAGUUCAUUCUCUUGUUCUUUAUUUGAUUGGAUUUCUGCCUUGAACAUUAAAUCUAAGUCGAAAUCUGACCAAUAGUUGGUUCCUUAAGAUAAUUCGUUCUUUCCACAAUGUUAAGGAGUACUCGGACAAUUGUCUUCUA